AUGAAAUUAAAAUCUGCAGUUAAUCAAGCAUUUAAAUUAAAAAAUUAUAAAACUGCAACAAGCUUUGCCGAACGUUUAUUGGAAUUGGAACCAACACGAAGAGUAUUAAGUGUUUGUGAAAAAAAUCCAAUUGAUGAACAUCCAUUAAAUUAUGAUGGCUAUAAUCUAUUUAAUAUUUGUGCAGCAUCCUAUGUACCACAUUUAUCGUGA